AUGGUAAUGCGUGAAGAACCUCGAGCCAUCGCCAUCAUCGGCAUGGGCUGUAAGUUCCCGGGCGCCGAUUCCCUCGAGGAAUACUGGCAGCUGCUGGACGACGGCCGUUCCAUGGCCGAGCAGCCGCCAGCAGGCCGAUUCCCAACACACGACCACCCCAGAAGCACUGACAAGACCGUCUUCUGGGGAAACUUUGUGCGCGAUAUCGAGUACUUUGACCACCGCUUCUUCAAAAAGUCCAGCCGGGAAGCGGCCUCCAUGGACCCCCAGCAACGGCUGCUGCUGGAAGUUGCCUACCACGCCCUCGAGUCCAGCGGCUAUUUCGGGCCUCAUAAGCAGCAGGAGACAGAUGUUGGCUGCUUCAUCAGCGUGUCCAAUUUCUUUGGCUUCACGGGCCCCUCGGUCUCGCUGGACACUGCCUGCUCGUCAUCCGCCGUGGCCAUUGAUAGCGCGUGCAAGUCGAUCCUGCAUGGCGACUGCACAACGGCCAUCGCGGGCGGCGUCUCGCUCUUCACCAGCCCUCACUUCUACCAGAACCUCACCGCCGCCUCGUUCCUCAGCUCAACGGGGGCCACCAAGUCGUUUGAUGCCGGCGCAGACGGCUACUGUCGUGGCGAGGGUAUUGGUCUCAUCGUGCUGAAGGAGCACUCGCGGGCCGUGGCAGGCGGCGACCCCAUUCUCGCCACUAUCCUUUCUACUGCCAUCCGGCAGAGCAGCAACCAGGUGCCCAUUACGGUCCCGUACAGCCCCUCGCAGACGGCCCUGUACCGCAAGGUCCUGCGCAUGGCUGGUGUGACGCCAGAGGAGGUGACCUAUCUCGAGGCCCACGGCACCGGCACCCCCAUCGGCGACCCGCAAGAGUUCCUGGGCAUCCGCGAGGUCUUUGUUGUGGAGGGCCGUCGUGACCCGCUGUACUUUGCCUCCGUCAAGGGCAAUAUCGGCCACACCGAGGGUGCUUCCGGGGCCAGCUUCACCACACUCAAUCCCAAGAUCGCCCUCACGCCCGGCCAGCUGGAAAUCCCUACCCGCACCCAUCGAGUGGACGGCCCGCACCCGCAUCGCAUGUAUCAACAACGUGUAUAUAAAGACCGUAGCUACCCCCCAGACCUACAGAAGUGCACUUUCGCCACCGCUGGUUCCACCAGGUGUCAAAUUUCUGUUGUAAGGGUUCAAGGUUCGACCAUAGAUGUUGCUGACUGUCUCGAGAUGCAUAAUCGCUUGCGGCUGGGUCGUACGGGCAAAAUGAACGCAACCAGCGUCCCAGAGAAUAUUGCACAAAAGCGUCGCCCCACCCGGAAGGGGAGAGUUGCCCGAAAGAAACCGCGAUACCUUCUAGAAUCCGAGCAGUGUGGGAAGGCAGGAAGCAAUGUGGCUGGCCCGAAGGAACCCGCUUGUUAUGGCUUUGAGGGACUUUCAUCACGCAAGUGA